UCCGCCGGAGCUGCAUCCGCAAGCUGGGACACAGCAUUCGCCGCACGGAUAUUCUUACACGGAUUGCUUUUAGACGUAACAUUACUUGAAGUAGACUUGUUUUUCGGAGAUCUCCCAAAUUCCUGAUCCCAAAAUACAGCUUGCUGGCAGGGAUGCCAGUCCCAGUCAACUAUCUGGAAUAUACUCAGAUGUUGAAUUUGUAUCCAUAACAACCGUUCGCACGAGUGGCUGACUUAAAUCGUACAUCUUAACAUCUUGGCGCAUUUUUCACGGUCGUUGCCUGCAACACAGCGACGAGGGAUUGUGAUACACUUACUCAGCCAAAUCUGAAGACAUAAAAAGGGAACGAGCAAGACAGUGAGGAGGACUCCCCUGGUAUACGGAGGGGAACCUGCGCCGUUUUACCCUGUAAGCGAUUGAGCGUCCUCCUGCUUUUACGCAUCUCAGCUGAGAACUCCUGUGUUGAGCUCCGCACGAAUUACUGCACUUGCACACCGUUCUGCUCCUCGCGCUCUAUUCGAAGUGGAAACCCCGACUUUGCCCAGAAAAACAUCUGAUCAAAAUCAUUUAAUGUAUUGUCGACCCGGUAAACCCUGACAAUCCCUAAAACCGCAAUGCAAAGGCAGUGAGAAGGUGGAUCUCAGCUUUUCCUCAUGCGUGGUAGCAUGGCUCCGUCCCGCAGGGACUGCAGAUGGGAGAUGAUCUUUCUGUCGGGAUGCCUGCUUCUUUCCGUUUUGGGAUUUCAACCUACAGCGGCGAAGGUCUGCAACGACUACACGAGGCACGGUCUGGACACUACUUGGUACUCGAAGGAUGUGCCAAUCAUGGUACUGAUGCCGAUGAACGAGUCAGCUCUCAUGAGCAGCAUCAGUCAAGGCAUCGAGCCCGCAGUUCAGCUGGCCAUUCAGCACAUACGCGAGUCUAAGCAGUACUCGUUCUCCCUCAUCACAAAAAUCUACGACACUGAGUGUGACAACGCAAAGGGAUUAAGAGCAUUCUUCGAUGCGAUCUGCUAUGGUCCCAAACAUUUAAUGAUCUUCGGAGGAGUGUGUCCAUCAGUGACAUCUAUUAUCGCGGAGUCAUUAGAGGGGUGGAACCUGGUGCAGCUGUCUUUUGCAGCAACAACUCCUGUCCUGGCCGAUAAGAAAAAGUACCCAAACUUUUUCAGAACAGUUCCCUCAGACAAUGCAGUGAAUCCAGCUGUGGUAAAGUUCCUCAAUUACUACAACUGGAGAAGAGUGGGGACCUUGACCCAGGAUGUGCAAAGAUUCUCUGAGGUACGCAAUGAUUUGACCAAUGAACUUGAGAGGGCAAAUAUCCAGAUAGCAGACACAGAGAGCUUUUCUAAUGACCCCUGUGUUAAUGUAAAGAAACUGAAGGAUAAUGAUGUAAGGAUCAUCAUUGGUCAGUUUGAUGAGAACCUGGCCUCUAAAGUCUUCUGUUGUGCCUACAACCUGAACAUGUAUGGCAGUAAGUACCAGUGGAUCAUCCCAGGAUGGUACCAAGGCAAUUGGUGGGAGCAGGCAAACUCUACCAACUGCACCACCAAGAAGCUUCUGACAGCCAUGAACGGAUACAUAAGUGUUGACUUUGAGCCUCUCAGUGCCAAAAAGACCAAAGGAAUCUCUGGACGUACGCCUGAGGAGUAUGAAAAAGAGUACAACAGGGAGCGGGAGCAGAAAGGGGUCGAGUCCAGCAAGUUCCAUGGCUUUGCCUAUGAUGGCAUCUGGGUGAUUGCCAGGACCCUGAGCCGUGUCAUGGAGCUACUACAUCAGAAACAGAGGCACAACAUCUACCGCAAUGCCACCAUGGAUGACCAUGAGGUGGGCAAGAUGGUGCUGGAUGUGAUGAACGAAACCAACUUCUUUGGUGUGACGGGUCAAGUCAUGUUCAGGAAUGGAGAGCGCAUGGGAACCAUCAAGUUCACACAGUUUCAGGAGGGCGAGGAGGUGAAGGUAGGGGAGUACAACGCCAUUGCUGACAUCCUCGACCUCACCAACAACACCAUUUGGUUCCCAGGGGUGGGGCCACCAAAGGAUCGGACAUUUGUGCACCCACAGCGGCGUCACAUCAAUGUGCCUCUAUACAGCAUCUUGUCCACCAUCACCAUACUGGGCAUGCUCAUGGCCGGCGCCUUCCUCUUCUUCAACAUAAAGAACCGCAACCACAGGCUGAUCAAAAUGUCCAGUCCCUACAUGAACAACCUCAUCAUCCUGGGAGGGAUGCUCUCAUACACCUCCAUCUUCCUGUUUGGCCUGGAUGGCUCCUUCGUCUCAGAAAAAGAGUUUGAGACCUUGUGCACUGUUCGCACAUGGAUCCUCACUGUGGGCUACACGACAGCAUUCGGUGCCAUGUUCGCGAAGACCUGGAGAGUACACGCCAUCUUCAAGAAUGUGAAAAUGAAGAAGAAGAUUAUCAAGGACCAGAAGCUGCUGAUCAUCGUGGGGGGGAUGUUGCUGAUUGAUCUGUGUAUUCUCAUAUGCUGGCAAAUUGUGGAUCCCCUGAAGAGGACAGUAGAGGAGUACAGCUUAGAGGCAGACCCUCAAGGGCGGGACAUUGCUAUCCGGCCAUUUCUGGAGCAUUGUGAGAACACACACAUGACCAUUUGGCUGGGCAUUGUGUAUGCCUACAAAGGUCUCCUUAUGUUGUUUGGAUGUUUCCUGGCCUGGGAGACGAGGAACGUCAGCAUCCCAGCCCUGAAUGACAGCAAGUACAUCGGCAUGAGUGUGUACAACGUGGGCAUCAUGUGCAUCAUCGGCGCAGCCGUGUCGUUCCUGACACGUGAUCAGCCCAAUGUGCAGUUCUGCAUCGUGGCUCUGGUCAUUAUCUUCUGCAGCACCAUCACGCUCUGCCUAGUAUUCGUACCAAAGCUAAUCACAAUGAGGACAAACCCAGAUGCAGCCACCCAGAACCGACGACUAAAAUUCACCCAGAACCAGAAGAAGGAAGAUUCUAAAACAUCUACGUCAGUCACCAGUGUAAACCAGGCCAACACCUCCCGCCUGGAUGGCCUGCAGGCGGACAACCAUCGCCUGAGGAUGAGGAUCACAGAGUUGGAUAAGGAGUUAGAGGAGGUGACCAUGCAACUCCAGGACACUCCAGAGAAGACUCCCUAUAUCAAGCAGAACCACUACCAGGAUGUCAACAACAUCCUGAGCAUACGCAACUUUACAGACAGUAAAGACGGUGAGAAAUCUCUUCUGAAGAAUCAUCUGGAGCAGAAGCCCCAAGCGCAGUGGGGGUCUGUGGAUCCAUCUCGAAUAAACAGAGGCCCACAAGAGGACAUCAACUCACCAGAACACAUACAGCGCAGACUCUCUUUGCAGCUGCCUAUUCUGCACCAUGCCUAUUUACCCUCCAUAGGAGGGGUGGAUGCCAGCUGCAGCCCCAACAGUAGUCCAGCCUCCAGCCCCCGCCACAGACACAUGCCCCCCUCCUACAGGGUCAUGGUCUCUGGCCUGUGAGUCCUAAACCGGUCCCGCACUCUGAGGAAGAGGUCUCCAUUUUUUCCAACAGACUGAGCCACAUCAGCAAUUAACGGAAGUGUGUGAGUGACCUUGGGGGUGGUCCUACUCGUCAUACAUCCAUGACCCCACCAACAACCCCACCCUCACCCCCCCACCACACUGCCCAUCUACGUCUAAAUAAGAGCGGAUCGGAUCCUCUGGCUGUGAGGUGGGGGAAAUGGAUAUCCUCACACACCCACAGUGCCCACCAAGAACCCUGCCUACCCAACUCAAUUACUCCCUCUCUCAUCCCAAAUGUGUAGACAGCAGAGAGAAGCACCAGAGGAUGCUGGCUGUGCUGUAGCCUUAUCUGCUUCAAAGGGUCUUUCUCAAAAUUUCCUUUGUUUUUGUUAAAUGUGUGGACCUACUGUCGGCCUGUCAAAUUGUCAGACUACAGUACCUGCUAAUCUUCAUGAAAGCAAAAAUCCAGGCCUGACCUGGACCUCAUCCUGAUCCUCAUGCUAGCAGUCAUGUAAAUACCAUGCCCCAUUUCAAAGCAAGCUCUGAAUAUGCUGUGAAAUGAAUUAUGUGGGUUGUAGGGUUUGGAUAAGGUUGGGGAUUCCAGAAAAUAUCCUCUAAAAACUUUAGAAAAGACACUAUAAGUUGCUAUAAUGGUAAAGGCGCUGUGUAAGAGGACACUCAUGGUUUGGAAAUUUAGUCAACUGUAAUUUCUGCUAACAAGCAAAUGUCACAUGGCACCAGAAGUGAGUUAUUUUGCCUCAAGAGCAAUCCAUUGCUGAUUUAUCACAAUGCUAGAUUUGCUCCAUAUAGAUUCUCCUCAUACAAUUACACUGAAAAUCAUACCAACCCCAUCUGAACAAAUGGUUAAUAAAUUGCUACACUAAAACAGCUAUGGUUGAUAGAGGCAAGGACACUAAAUACAAGAAGUGAGACCUCACAAUAGCCUUAGACCAGCUGAGUGAGCCUCUAUCAAACUGUGUGUGAGCUCACACACUCACAGGAGCAAACAUGGAAGUGCACAAGCCUUAUGGUCAGACAACAGCAGGGGCUGUCCAGACGGCGAGUCUUCCAUUUUAGCUUGUGGGCCUUUUCUUAUUGAAACUGUGGUCAAAACCAAGUGUUGGUUGGAUAGAUCAUUCCUCUGAGGCCUGAGAGAUGGCCUUUGGCUCUGAAUGGACAUUGGCAUGGAAAGUAAUUUCUGCCAUAUACACCCAGCUGCUCCAAACACAAGACACGGUAAGAGGUUUGAUAGUGUUUAUUUAAAGCAAAAAAACACAAAACACCCCUAAAAAUGUGUCUUUGCAGAAAGCUCACUGGUUAAACUGGGUGGUCCAAACUGGUUGGAAGAUGAAAUACAUUACAUUUUGGAAACUUAGAGCAGAUAGAGAUUUGCAGCAUUAUAAUGGACCUACUAAUAAUAAUGAAUCUACUUUCAAUAGAUUAAACUUGUCAACUGAGUGAAAGAUCACUUUUGCCCUUCAGUGCAGUUUUUGUUUGUUUGUUUUUUCCUGUCUCAAGUUUUGCUCACAGUAAACAUCUUGCAAAUCUUGUUGUAGCUUAAGCCAAAAGGGGUUUGGCUAGAGAGUGUGCUGUCAGCUGCACGUCGUUCGCUCACACUGAGGACUAAAUGAUAGGCUUGCCACCCAGGAGGGCUUUCGUUCCCAUCCCUAAGUGGCACUGGGAAAUAUGUCACCUGGCACUUAGCAACAGUGAGCAUACCUCAUCGUUGCUAUAGAAAUGUAACUCUGUGCUGUGAAUUUUGCACAAAUGUCACACAGAAAUAUGGAGAAUAGGCAUAUAGCUGUUGUCAUACUAUUUUUUGUUUUCCUAUAUCAAGACAAUUCAAGGAAUUGUAUUCAAAAAGCAAAACAUUGGAAUAAGAUAAGUACCAUCCCUAUGGAGACCAUUUCCUUUUUGCAGAUAUCGCCCCAUUGGUGUGUUGGGUUUCCAUUUUGUCCACUUCGUUGAAUGCUGUGACUGUGGUCAUGUACUUGGAGCCUGAAGGACUUUGGAAAAUUUGUGCUGAUCAAGAAAUACACCUGUAACUGUCUGAUAAAGGAACGUGCAUCAUGGGUUUCUUUCACAGCUUUGGCAUACUACCUUUGGUGUUACAAAGUCAAAAAGAAGUAGAAACAUUAGCUGUAAGUUUUUUUGGGUUUUUUCAGCUUUCUUCUAUUUAGUGCAAGUUAAUAUCCAAGCAGACCAUAUGCUAAUAGUCCAAAACAAAUUACAGUGAAAAAUACCUUUAAACACAGAGAGCGAAGCAAAAACUCCAUAAUGCCACGUCUCAGUAUGGUAGCCAUGAUCUACAGAACACUUUGUUGUCCACAGAGUUUAAUUUUUAUAUAUCCUUAUGUAACAUUUGAAAGUAUUGCCAAGAUCAUUGUUUAGAUUCGUUCAUUGUUCCAAGGAGGCAUGAAAUGAAGUCUCAUGUGAAGUUACCAAAAAUAAGCAGUGAAAGUACCAACUAUACUUUUCCUUGUUCAUCAUUUGACAUGCCACAUGCUUGUAAGAUGGAAAAGAUUUAAGAGUGGUAGUUUGGGCAGUUUCAAGCCUGUUUUGCAGUGUACCCACAAUAGUACUGUACACCUACAACAUGCCCACAAAAAUAGGAACACCAUGCCUGGAGUUAUCUAUAUCAUCUCAGCAAUCUGCCCAGAAUCUGUUUUUAUAAUUACCGGGAGAAUAAGAGGAGAAAUCAGAUUCUAGAUUAGCAUUCCAGAGCUGGUUGCUUUGUGUAUACUGGCCAGUGCUAGGAAGGCUGACAGAACGUCAGGAGGAUUUUGUUCUAACAGCAAAGCCUGUCAACCCUUUUAUGGGUUUUCAGCACAAGCAUGGUUAAUCACUGGCUUUUAGAAGAGCACAAAUUGUGCUACCUGGACUGCUUAAUUCUCCUCUUAUCCGAACUUUCAAUUUUCCCUUCUCUAAACAAGUCUGAAAGUUCACUGAAACAGAUGUCAUAAAAGAGCUCACUGAUAUUCACGUGAUGAUUUCCUGAGUCAUCCUCAAAAUUUUUGUAGGGUAAACCUUUGGAUCUAUUUAUGAUGAAGUGUACUGUGCUAAGAAUGUUUUGCUUUCAGCACCAUAUACACAUUUUUACUUUAGGCCUAUAGCACAGCAGAAGGCAAAUAUACAUCCCCUGCUAGGCUAACCUAGCCGUAUUCCUCCAAACCUGAACGUUAACUGCAGCUGAGAGAAGUACUGGCAUUAAGGAGAAAUGCCCUUAACUUGAGAAUCUGUUCAUCCUAAUAAUACAGGAAAUGCUGAAGGGUUUCAAGCAUAUAUUUUGUAGCGGAUAAAAUAUUUUUUUCUUUGUAACUGAAGAUAAAUAUCAAGGAAGAUUUAAUAUUAAAUGAUCCUUUCUCUAUAUUUGUCACCAAUUACACCUCACUAUUUUGAAUUAGCCAUGGUUAUUAUUAGUUGGUGCAAAUAUGAUUAAGUGUAGACUGUUCCUAUAGUCUUAGAAUGCAUCUAAUUAGAAUCAAGCAUUCUCAUCUAAAUCAAAUUAAACAGAGGCUUGUUUCAUUUACAUAUACCUACCUGUAAGCCACAGAGUUGCAGAAAGCAACGUUAACCCAGAGUAAUGAUCACAAUAUUUUGCAUCAGUGGUGAUGAAUGAAAGAUGAUGCAUUAACAAAUGGUAUGAUUGAUUAUAAUAAAUUAUAUAUAACAUUAUAAUUAGUGGAAGAGGCUGGAAUAUGUUUAUAAAUUCUGUUCUAAUCUACAUUUUUGUCACUUCCAUACAUACUAUUCUAUGCACAUAUAGUAAAAAAAUUAUUUUCCAAAUGAUUCUUACUAAAUUCUAACAAAUGCACAACAUAACAUUAAAGAAAGCUGCAAUAAUUAGCUAGAACACGCUGUCUGGACAGAUAUUCUUGUCACCCUGAACAGGAAAAUGAAAGCAAAAUCAAUGUCAU